AUGCACGCCUCCACCAUCCUCAGCAUCGUCGGUAUCGUCGCCGCCUUCGGCUUUGCCAACGCCGCUCCCAUCGCCGCCCCCGGCAACGGUGUCGGCUUCGGUUGUAACGGACCGCGCUACUACCAGGCGCAGCCGUGCUACCAGCAACGCCCGUGCUACCGCAACCGCGACCAGUACAACGACCCCUGCCGCGGCGAGUUCGGCAACCAAUUCUGCUGCGACAACGAGCAGUACCGUCCCUGCUUCCAGGGCUGCCGCGAUGGCUGCCGCGACAACUGCUGCUACAGGAACUACAGGCCCUGCAACUACGGCUGCAGGGAGCACAACGAGUGCUUCGAUUGCUUCGGGGACAACGACUGCAACUUCUGCUGCGAGAACUUCUCGAAGCGCGUCGCCGACGUUCUUGUCACCGACGAUCUUGUCGCAGAGUCGGCUGAGAGCAGCGAUUAG